AUGCCAAGAUGGAAUCUACGUAGAGCGGACUGGGCCCAUUUCACAGAAGUGAUAGAAAAGACUGUUAGCAGAAUCCCAGUGUCUAUUGAGAAUUAUGAUAGAUUCACCAAACUGAUUUAUGUGGCGGCUAAAAGAUCAAUGCCAAGAGGUCAUAGGAAGAGUUACAUUCCCUGCUGGAGUAAGGAGUGUAGUGACCUCCUCAAAGAAUACAGGAAUUCACACAGUGAUGAGACUGCCAACCAGCUGAUGCAAAAACUGGAUGAGGAGAGACGCAGCAGAUGGGUGGCUGCAAUGGAGAGCAUGGAUUUUACUCAUUCCAGUAGAAAAUCAUGGAAUCUUCUUAGAAGACUGGGAGCAGCGAAAGUGAGCACAACCCAUGCAACGGUCUCACCUGAUGUAAUAGCUGACACCAUAUGUGAGGUUAGCGAUAUCAAUGUACCACACAGAGACUUACUGCAUAUGAAGCGACAUCUGAGAAGAGAAUUGCGUAGAUGUACUGAAAGAUCUGGCUUUGUGAGUCCAGUGAACUAUAGUGAGGUGUUAGCUGCAAUCAAAAACAUCAAGCUGGGUAGAGCUGCUGGAGUUGAUGGCAUCCUUCCUGAAUUCAUAAGGCACCUGGGACCCAAGGCCAUACACUGGCUAACUAACCUCUUCACAAUUGUUAUGGAGAAAUCCAGAACACCAGUGGUAUGGAAGAGAGCAAAAGUUGUUGCCAUUCUGAAGCCAGGAAAGGAGCCUAGUGACCCAAAGAGCUACAGACCAAUAUCACUCCUAUCUGUCAUCUAUAAGCUUUUUGAGCGUGUCCUGCUGUCCAGGAUUAUUGGAAGAGUAGAAGAGUCUCUUCCACAGGAACAGGCAGGAUUUAGGGAAGGCCGUAGCUGUGAAGAACAAGUGCUGUCCAUCACAACCUACAUAGAGCAUGGUUUUGAGAGGAAGCUGAAGUCAGGGGCAGUAUUUCUUGACCUUAGCUCGGCCUAUGACACAGUGCACACAGUGACACAGUGCACUGCUGCUAAAACUUACACGGGCAUUGAAAUGUAG